AUGACGCUUCUUUGCUCCACCUCUCGAGACCACUUGAUUCAUGUAUUUGAUCCUGCGCAGGACUAUCAGCUUGUGCAGACACUGGCUGAUCACUCUGGCCCAGUCUACUCAGCGCACAUCGUGGAAACUGAAGAGGAACAUGAGAUUCGUCUUAUUUCUUGUGGCUUAGACAAAUCUCUUCUCUUCCGUAUCCUUGAGGUAACUUUAUUUAAAAUAUGCUAA